AUGGCAAUGGGUAAAAUAAGUGAAUUCGAUAUACAUUGGACUUUGUACACGGAACGUUUGGAGAUGUAUUUCAAAGUGAACGGAAUACAACGCGACUUGUGGUUGCCAACAUUGAUAGCAGUCAUGGGCGAUGCGGCGUACGAACUAUUAAGUAACUUGAUCAGCCCACGUAAGCCAUCGGAAGGAACAUACGAAGCAGUGGUAAAUUUAUUAAGAAAUCAUUUGCAACCAAAACGUUCGGUAGUGGCGGAAAGAUAUUAUUUCAGACUACGAAGACAGUUAAAAAGUGAAAGUGUACUACAAUAUAUAUCAGAAUUAAAAAAACUAACUAAAUAUUGUGAGUUCGGUGCCAUGCUCGAAGAGAGUUUGAGAGAUCAGCUCGUUUGUGGACUGACGAGUGAUGUAAUCCGGCAACGACUUUUUGCGGAGGACGGGCUGGAUUACGCGAAGGCAGUUAGAAUAGCCUGUGCGUUGGAGGCAGCGGAACGGGAUGCGGCCGCGGUGGAGCUGAUGGACAGCAGGGUGGGCGCGCCAGCGGGAACCAGUGCCGUAAUGGCGAUCAAACAAGCUGUGGGAGGUGACCGUAACGGUGGCAGUCAGCGGCAGAAUAAUUACUUACAUACCGGUUCAGAGUGGAAAUAA